UUGGUGUCAUUGCAUACAAGAUAAGGAAAGACAUCACGUGAUUUUUGUUUGUACACUUUGAAGAAUGAUUGGCCUGGUUGUGAUUUUUGGUGUGUUAACAACCUGUUCUGCGAAUAGUUAUAUCGAGAGAGAGUUUUUGCAAAUACGCGCGACUCUUAACCGCCAGGAAAGGGAAAUCAAAGAGCUCAGAGGUGAGAACAGGGUUCUACGUGCCGACAUGGACAAACUUAACGCGGAGAUUCAGAGACUUACAAAUGGUCAAGACACUUCUCCCCGUCACUACGACGAAAUUCGAGAAAACAAUAACAGUGAAGAAGAGAUUAUACAAAGCAAGCAACUUAAUACGAUCACAGAGUCUGACGUAAAGCGAAUACGACACACAAGGAUAUCCCCUGAACCUGUUGCCUUCUAUGCGUACAUGAGUAACAAUGAGCCAAGUCCAAGCGUACAUCACUCCUUAAUUUUCGAUGUCGCGAAAACAAAUUUGGGUGGAGGUUACAACGAAUAUAGCGGGAUGUUUACAGCGCCAAGUUCCGGUGCAUAUGUGUUCACUUGGACUAUUUAUACUGGGAACCAUGGAGCAACCAAAUUCGCGAUAUACGUUAAUCAUGAUGUUGUAGACAGUACGUUUGGUGAAACUGAUGACGACUUAGGAGAUUAUGAUUCUGAUUCUGGAUCUAUAGUAGUGUCGCUUAACGUACGUGAUAAUGUUUACAUUCGCUCCGCCAUCACAUGCACUACUCAAGUUAUCAGUAAUUCAGUCUAUGCCAGAACAUCUUUUGCCGGAUGGAAAUUAAACUGAUGUCCUUGCAUGAUAAACACAUUAUAUCUUUUAAGGUUGUAGAAUUUGUGAAAUAAAAUGCGUGUGUAAAACAA